AUGGCCUCCCAUCGUAACCAGCUCUACUGUCUCAACUUCAACGAUCUCAACUACAACGACAUCGAUCGCAAAGAUUUUUACCCCAAAAAUAUCACUCACACCACUCUAUCGUACCAUUCGCAUACCUUGGGACCAAGAACGCACUCGCCCAUCAACAACAUGGCGCCCCCCAAACGCCCUUCCUCGCAAGCCUCGAGCAAGGACGGUGGUCGUAAGCGCGUCUGCAAGGCCUGCGAUCGUUGUAGAAUGAAGAAGAGCAAAUGCGACGGCGCAAGCCCAUGCUCGAGAUGCAAGUCAGACAACUCUGUGUGCGAGUUCGGCGAGCGAAAGAGAAGCAGCGACAAGGUGUACCCUAAGGGUUACGUUGAGAUGCUCGAGCGCCAACACGAACGAAUGAUCGCUGGCUUCCAGGAGAUCAAGAGGAGAGCGCAAGCUGGCACACCAUGGACCGGCGAAGGACUGGAAUUGACCCACGACAUCCUCAAGGACCUUGGUGUACUGGUGACUAAGAAUGGCGAAGUCGAAGAUUUCCAGGAAGAUUUCCAGAAAAUGCAAGAUGGUCUUCUUGAGCAAGGCGCUGGCUACACUGCAACAAGACGUGAAAGUACCGGCUCGAGAUCUGAGCACAGCGAGCCCACACCGCCGUCGGACACCAUCGCGACGCCACCAAACGAGAGCAACUCCGCGUUCAACUAUCUCAUUGCUGAGACCAACCCAUUUCGAGGGUCAAGAGAGCCGGCUGCAGAAUCGGCACUCGGCACCUUCGCACAUCUGAACCGCGAUCCAUCCAAUUCAUACGGUGCGGCCCUUAUGGAGAACGACUCAAAUCCUCAAACAGCCUUGCCUUUUGUUGCAGGGACCCAUGAUCCCGACCAGACCCACAUCGACUUCCCGAUGGCCUCGACACAGGAAUUGGGCGAGUUUGAGAUGAACACAUUCGACUUUGGCAAUCCCAUGCCGCCGGGUCCAUCAUACACGCUGAACUAUUUUGAAGAGUGGUGCGCCAACGAAAGGAUCCAAGGACGAUGA